CCAUUCACUCCCCACUCACCACAAACUCUCAUUCCCAAAUCUCUUUUAUAUUUGCAAUUUUCUUGUUCAAUAGAAGAAGUAAAAUUAAAGAAAAACAUGAUGACUAUAGUGUACAUUGUAUCUCUAAUAAUGUCGUUAACGUGGUUGGCAGAGUCUCGAAUUCCAGGGAAUUACAACGGUGGUGCAUGGGAAACGGCUCAUGCCACCUUCUACGGAGGUUCCGAUGCUUCCGGAACAAUGGGAGGAGCAUGUGGUUAUGGAAACUUGUACAGCCAAGGUUACGGAGUAAACACAGCAGCAUUAAGCACCGCACUUUUCAACAAAGGACUAAGUUGCGGUGCUUGCUUUGAAAUCAAAUGUGCAAACGACAAAGAGUGGUGUCACUCUGGCAGCCCCUCGAUUUUCAUUACCGCAACUAACUUUUGUCCUCCUAACUAUGCUCUCCCUAACGACAAUGGUGGUUGGUGUAACCCUCCUCGUCCACAUUUCGACCUUGCCAUGCCUAUGUUCCUUAAAAUCGCCGAAUAUCGCGCCGGAAUUGUCCCUGUCGCCUUUCGCCGGGUGCCGUGUAGGAAACAAGGUGGGAUCAGGUUCACAGUUAACGGAUUCCGUUACUUUAACUUGGUGCUGAUCAGCAACGUCGCGGGUGCAGGGGAUAUUGUGCGGACCUAUGUCAAAGGAACAAGAACCAGAUGGAUGCCCAUGAGCCGAAACUGGGGUCAAAACUGGCAAUCAAAUGCUGUUUUGGUCGGUCAGUCUUUGUCCUUCAGAGUUACCAGUAGUGACCGUCGCACAUCCACUUCCUGGAACAUUGCUCCACACAAUUGGCAAUUUGGUCAAACUUUUACCGGAAAGAAUUUCCGAGUUUGAUUGACCAGUGGUGACUCGCCACGUAGCUCACCUGCUAUUUUUAUUUUCAAGAUUUAGUUAAUGACAAAAAAGUACAACUCCAUAUUUUUGUUGUUGUUGUUUUCACCAAUUGUGUAUUCCCGCCGCGUUUACCCCUGAUGGAGCGCAUUUUUCCAGUAGAUUGGUGCUCUUUUUGACUGGAUGUUUUGGAGACUGUGACGGAGUGAGGGAAAAGGGUUAUAGAAAGAGAUAGUGUGUACUGUACUACUGUGUGUGUGAAAGAAUUAAAGUGAGUGAGACUUUUGUGGGUGCGUGAUUUGUGCUUUCGAUUUGUGUGAAAAAUGAGAAAAUAUUAGAUUAGAGUAAUUACUGGUAGGGGAAGAAAAUGAGUGUAGGAAGGAAAUGCUGAAGCGGCUAAGCGAAACUAGUAGCCCGCGGCUAAUUAGUUUUUUUUUUUUUUUCUUCUUUAUAUAUGAUAUACAAUUAUCAUAGCUGCAUUGCUCUAUGUAUCCGUGGAAGUGUGUUGGUUGUUAACCCAAUGAAAGUUUAAAUUAAAAAAUU